AUGGUGAAGUUCACAGUUGAGGAAGAAGAGAAACUCAAACACGAGAAAACGAUUGGGAUCAUUGGAUUGGGUGAUAUGGGAGCACUUUACGCCAAACGAUUUAGUGAAGCAGGUUGGAAAGUAGUAGGAUGUGAUAGAGAAGAUAUAUUCAAUACAACUGUGGAUAAAUUCAAAGAUGAAAAGUUCACCGUGUUAAAGAAUGGUCAUUACGUGUCUCGUAUCUCAGAUUAUAUCAUUUAUAGUGUGGAAGCUGCCAAUAUUGAUAAAAUUGUAUCAUUAUAUGGACCAUCUACAAAAUUUGGAGCUAUAGUUGGAGGUCAAACAUCUUGUAAAGCUCCUGAAGUAGCAGCGUUUGAAAAUACAUUACCAUCUGAUAUCGAAAUAGUUUCAGUUCAUUCAUUACAUGGUCCUAAAGUUAGUACUACCGGUCAACCAUUAGUUUUAAUUCAACAUCGAGCUAGUGAUGAAAGUUUUAAAUUUGUGGAAUGUUUAGUAUCUUGUCUUAAAUCAAAACAUGUUUAUCUUUCCGCUAAAGAACAUGAUAAAAUCACCGCUGAUACCCAAGCAGUUACACAUGCCGCUUUCCUUUCUAUGGGGGUAGCUUGGAAAUCAUCAAAUCAAUACCCCUGGGAAACUCCUAAAUGGGUUGGAGGGAUUGAAAAUGCAAAGAUUAAUAUUUCAUUACGGAUAUUUUCGAAUAAAUGGCAUGUUUAUGCUGGACUUUCUAUUACUAAUCCAUCAGCUCAUGAUCAAGUAUUACAAUAUUCUAAAUCUACUAGUGAAUUAUUCCGAUUAAUGAUUCAAGGUAAAAAAUCUGAAUUAAGAGAACGAUUAUUAAAAGCUAAAGAUUUUGUGUUCCAUCAUAUUAGUGAAACUAAUGAUUUAUUAUUAGAUGAUGAUAUUUUACAAAAAUAUUCUUUAAGUAAAGUUCCACCUGGUGGUAGACAUCCAAAUUCUCAUUUAGCAUUGUUAGCUAUUGUUGAUAGUUGGUAUAAUUUAGGUAUAGUACCAUAUGAUCAUAUAAUUUGUUCAACUCCAUUAUUUAGAAUAUUUUUAGGGGUGACAGAAUAUCUUUUCUGUACUCCUGAAUUACUUAAUGAGUGUAUAGAAGUUGCGGUUGAUGAUGUUUCAUUUAGAGAAGAAGAUUUGGAAUUCACUAUAGCUGCUAGAAAUUGGGCUAGUAUAAUUACAUUUGGGAAUUUUGAAUUAUAUAAGUUAGAAUUUGAGAAGACACAAAAAUUCUUUCAACCGAUGUUUUCAGAAGCUAAUGCUAUUGGUAAUGAAAUGAUUAAAACCAUUUUAGAAAGAGUUAGAGAAAGAGAAAGUUAA